AAGUGAAGGGAUCAGUUAGUGGGGGACAAACUCAGAGCAGCUUUUAUGCAAAUCGUCCAGUUCAGCAUGUUUUUAUUGGACAGCUCUGUGGAGGUGUAGUCUGGAAGGCGUGCCAGCCCCGCUCUGCCUUUAUGAGGGAAAGUGCGCUUCAUCCUGAACAGCRGAGGUGCGUUCAGGGGUUUUUAGGAAUCACUGCUUCUCUCUGGUCCUCAACCCGAACCAGCAGCGCACCAAACUCAACUCUGUGCGGAGUUGGAGAGCCCGGGAGCACUUUAAAACAUUUAUUUAUUUAUUGUUUCCUCAUUGCAAAUGUUUGCUUUUUGAGCCAACAUCCAAGUCUGGAACUGUUUCUUUUUAUAUCACACGUGAGUGCGUCUCUGACUGUAUGAACUGUCAGUGGACACUCGGAGCUCCGUGACGAGUUUUUUUUUUUUUUAAUCGUCCUGAUCUGGGGGCUCUGCAGAAACCCACCCAUGGAUUUCGUCGGUGAGUUUGACAUGAUGAAGUUCGGCGUGAAGAAGGAGACCAUGCCCGGCUUGGAUCGCUCCUACAUCGGGCCGUGCGGCGCGCUCCAGAGACCCGACUCCGUGUCCUCCACCCCGGGCAGCACGCCGUGCAACUCGGUCCCCUCGUCGCCGAACGUCAUCCCGAACGAGCAGAGGAACAACCCCGGGAGCGACCAGUUCUGGAUACCCAACAACGGCGGGUACCCUCACCAGAUGUACCCCCAGGCGUUCGGCCUGACCCCGGAGGACGCGAUGGAGGCCCUGAUCGGCGCCACGACRACGCAGCAGGGUCACCCGUCCGCGCCCCACCACGGCCACCACCCGCAGGCUUUCCAGGCUGACUACGACGGGUACCUGAACGAGCCCGUCCAGCAGCACUACCCGGGCCUCCCGGGUCACCCCGACAUGCAGGGCAUCCCCACGAGCCACUGCCAAGACCCGUAUCUGAAGGACGAGCUGGGCAGCCCGUGCCCCCAGUCCCCGGAGGCCCAGCAGCAGCAGCAGGUCCUCGGGGCGCACCACCAGCUCCAGCAGCCGCACGGCCGCCACGACCGGCGCUCCAACGCCGACGCGCUGUUYUCGGACGAGCAGCUGGUGAACAUGUCGGUCCGGGAGCUCAACCGGCUGCUCCGGGGCCUCAGCAAGGACGAGGUGAUGCGUCUGAAGCAGAAGCGCCGGACCCUGAAAAACCGGGGCUACGCGCAGUCGUGCCGCUACAAGCGCGUGCAGCAGAAGCACAUCCUGGAGCACGAGAAGACGAGCCUGGUGUCACAGGUGGAGCAGCUGAAACACGAACUCAGCAGGCUCAUCCGGGAGAGGGACGCGUACAAACUGAAAUGUGAGAAACUGUCCGGGGCGAACUGCUACCACGAAACCGGGUCCACCAGUGACACCCCGUCCUCACCCGAGUACUCCAUGUGAGGGUUCAAAACAAACCAUCAUGGCCUCAUGGAGUUUUUACAGCAGAGAGAAAAGACUGAAAGCCUCACAGAAGCAGGAGUUGUGAGGUGAAGCAUGCAUGCUGGACAUGUAUGAACGUUUUAUUUUAUACCGCCCUAAAAAAAUAUCUGUAUUUUGACUGAAAGGAGAUACUUGAAAUCAGAGAAUAUUUGCUUCAUGUGCAUGUAAUCCUUUUACUUCUUGAUUGACCUUCUUUUUUUAUUUUUAUUUUUUGGAUCAUUUUAAUUUGCUUUAGUUUUUGUUGCUCAAUUUAGUGUUUUAUUUGU